AUGGAGAAUCCAUACGAGCAAGUACAUCAAAGCAUCUUGUCGCGUAUAAUCAACAACGUGGAACGGCUGAACGAAAGUGUUGUAACGUUGAACCAAGAGUUAGAACACAUAAACGCUCGAAACAAGAAUUUGCAACUGAUGGGCCAAAUGUGCGAGAAUUACCAUAAGAGUGUCCAAUUCAAUAUGACCGCCACAAAUAGCAAGAGGGGCCCUUUAUGA